GUGUUUUGAAAAGCGGCGGACGGAAUACGACGAAAGUUAUCAUUUCUAUCUAUUUAUAAUCGAGUACAACAUGGCUGCCCCAGGUCCAAAUAAAGACAACAUCAGAGCUGGAUGUAAAAGAUGUGGCUAUCCUGGUCAUCUUACCUUUGAAUGUCGUAACUUUCUUCGCGUGGAUCCAAGGAAGGAUAUUGUUUUGGACGUGAGCAGCACCAGCACCGAGGAGAGCGAUGAGGAGGAGCAGGAAGCUCUCAGUAAAGAAAAGAUUUUCGGCAGCCAUUCAAAAGGUUCACAGGAAGAUUCUAGAAAAGAAAAGCAUAAAAAGAAAAGCAAGGAGAGAUCACGUGGAAAAGCAAAAAAGAGGUCUUAUUCAUCCAGUGAUGAGGAGGAGGAUGAAAUGAGCAAAAAGAAGAAAAAGCGCAAGAGCAAUAAGAAGAAAGGGAAGAAGGAGAAGAGAGAGAAAGAAAGGAAGCACAAGAAGAAACAGAAAAAGAAAGACACAGAGUCCUCCUCAUCUGACAGCUCUUCUGAAUCAUCAGACACAGACUAAAGCUGACCCGCUUCUUUUGUUUGGCCCAUUCAUUGGACCACAACAAAAUAUUAGGAACCUAUAAAAUACCUUCUUCAGGAAGCCAUUUGUACAUAAUUCUGUGACAGACAGCUUGAUUUUUAAAAAAAUAUGUCUUACCAUAUUUUCCACUGAUAGUUGAAGUGCUGUUUUUUCUGGUGUUUCUAAUGAAACUGUAUUUUGUAUAUAAAUGAAAUUAAAACAACUCUAAAUCUUUUUGGGGCCA